GCACGCGUAGCCGUUACUCGCGGCGUUCUCUCAGAACCAGUCUCGCGCUUUAUACGUUAGCAUGUCGGGUCGCGGUAAGACCGGCGGGAAGGCCCGUGCCAAGGCCAAGUCUCGCUCUUCGCGGGCCGGGCUACAGUUCCCCGUGGGCCGUGUGCACCGUUUGCUGAGGAAAGGCCACUACGCGGAGCGAGUCGGUGCCGGCGCGCCGGUGUACCUCGCCGCCGUGCUGGAGUACUUGACGGCCGAGAUCUUGGAGCUGGCAGGGAACGCGGCCCGGGACAACAAGAAGACCCGCAUCAUCCCCCGCCACCUGCAACUGGCCAUCCGUAACGAUGAGGAGCUCAACAAGCUCCUGGGCGGCGUAACCAUCGCCCAGGGCGGCGUCCUGCCCAACAUCCAGGCGGUGCUGCUGCCCAAGAAGAGCGGCGCCAUCACCGGCCCCAAGGCCCCAGGCAGCGGCGGCAGCAAGAAGAGCACGCAGGCCUCGCAGGAAUAUUGAGUCGGCCUUGGCGCCGCGGCCGCCCCGCUCCCGCACCAGACCCCCCCACACACCACAAAGGCCCUUUUCAGGGCCGCCUACCCCUUCACUGAGAGAGCUGAGCCACCCGCCUUCCCUCCCCAAGUCCGGCUUCCCGGCGUCCCGAGCUACUACACAAUCCCGGUGCUGUGGCGUCUCUAGGUCACAAGCAGGACCCACCCCGGGGCCACUCAUCCUCCGACCAGCAAGGAGCAAUCCAGCCUUCGGGAGCGUCCUGCAUCUAGACCUGGCCAUGGCUUCUCCCACCGACGCUGAAGUUCCUCCCCACGGACCGGACCUCUUGCUUCUGAACUGAAUUUUCUCAGCUUAGGCACUUUGCCUUUAUCCUGGGGAAUUGGGGGAAUUGAGAGACUUAUGAAAGACAAUUUGGAAGUUCGAUUAACUUAAUUUAAUUAAAUGUUUUUUUAAGUGAAGUUUUCUUGUCUUUUUUCGGAAUUACUGUAGUUGCUAUUCAAAGGGCUGGAGCAGAGCUGCUGUAGGCUCCCUAGGUUACAAAAAGGUUAAAAAAUGUUACCGCUUUUACUUUGACCAUUCUUUGGGGGAAUUUGGGUCUGAAGUGUAAAGAGGAUGUUUUUCCUGUGUAAAAUAGCCAAUCUUGCAAAUGGCCUAUGUGCUAUGCACUGAACAUAGGGAGCAGGAAUGG